GGCAGGCGGCCCGCGGGGCGGCGGCGGGAGGAUGCCUCGCGCCCUGCCGAGGCGCCAACGGCCGCAGCGCGUCCCGGGCAGCGCCGGGGCCGCCUGAGAGCCGAGCCCGCGCUGACCGGGGCCCGGGCCGGAUGGGCGCUGCGGGCCGGGGCGCGGACCGCCGAGCGGCCUGGGUCCACUGAUCACCAGGCCUGCAGUUCCUGAAAUGUGGAGGAAAACAUUUCAUCCUGUAAUUCAAGUAAGAAGGAAGACUGUAUGAAGGGAAGCUCGUUCUGCCAAAGGCAAACUAGACUCAUGCUAUUGCCCAUUGAUGUGAAUCCUUCCAGGCCUUUCCAUGCACGUGCUGUGUGUGUUUGAACAGUUGUGACAUUUUUCUCUCGUCCCAGCUGUGUGGACAGUGCCACACGCCCUCUGAACAACAACGGCUCUUGCAUGCAUAUUUCAGUGUCUCUUUUGUCAGAGAGCCCAGCAGAGCCGUGGUUCUUCCGGUGCCAGCCCUGAGCUGAGCGAGGAGUGCCCUGCCGAGAUGGUGAAGAUGACAAAAUCCAAAACUUUCCAAGCUUAUCUGCCAAACUGUCACCGAACGUACAGCUGUGUCCACUGCAGAGCCCACCUGGCCAAUCAUGAUGAGCUGAUCUCUAAGUCUUUUCAGGGAAGUCAGGGACGAGCCUACCUCUUCAAUUCUGUGGUGAACGUGGGCUGUGGCCCCGCUGAGGAGAGGGUCCUUCUUACUGGCCUGCACGCGGUCGCAGACAUCUACUGUGAAAACUGCAAAACCACGCUCGGGUGGAAAUAUGAACAUGCCUUUGAGAGCAGUCAGAAAUAUAAGGAAGGAAAAUUUAUUAUUGAGCUUGCCCACAUGAUCAAAGACAAUGGUUGGGAGUAAAGUGAAAACUUUGUUCUCUUCUGAAUCCUAUUUUGUGAAAGAAACUGUAAAUGUAACGGAAACCUAGGAGCAUCCUGGAUGACAGUUUUUCUUGAACUUUGAACCUUGUAGGCUGGCCUCUCCCAGCUGUUCUGGUGGUAAGGUGUCCCCUCAGCCUCUGUCCUGUUCAUGUACAUGGCUGUUUCCGAAAUGUUUCAAUGACCUUUUCUUCUCAAGUUCCAGAGAAAGAAUUAACCAACUGAUGACUUACCCGUCUAGUUAAUACCUUCUUUUAACCUAUGCCUUUACAAUAGAGUUUGGUUGUGCUCUUUCACGUUUGAUAGAAAACCAAACUGAAUUUCUGCUGACUACAGGGUUAGGGUCUUUUUAGAGAGUAAGUUCAUUCCUCUCUUUUGGAAUGAGGGUACUAUAGCCCACUUUUUUCCCCUAAUUCGUGAAACUACAAAUGGACUGUUCCUCUUGCAGAUGAACUGUUAAGGCAUAGUGCUCAUUUAAGAAUCUUCCAGAAGCAGCCAAUGAAUCUAUAUGCCAAGGGACCUUUUUCUUUUUUAAGCUUUGCUCAAAAACAGAAGACACCACUGAUUACAUUUUAGAUAAGCUAUAAAUAGAGAAAUAUGCCUAAUGGAACAUCUUGUUUAUUUAAGCCAACAGCUUCCCUAUCUAGAAAGCAAGCAUUAGCAAAGACUAUUCCAGGGGUCUGCAGGGGCACGCUAUUUAGGCUGCAGUCCGGCAGGGCCCUGGCGGUGGGGCUUCUGCAUCAGUUGCUGAGGGUGGGUGGUCCACAGAGUUAGAGUUUAACACACUGGACCGAGUAAAAUCGGAUUUCCUUUUCUACUCUGAUGUACUUGAAGAAAAAGAAUUACUUUUGCAUAUGAAAGAGGCCAGAAUGAGCAGGAUAAACUUCCAAACUUGAGAUUUGAGAGAUUGUUUUAACAUUUUUUUCAGGAAAGGUUAAAGUUCUAAGACCUAUUUAAACUUUGUAAAUGAAUAUGGGUCUCCUGUGCCCCACUGGUUCUGUCCCUUGAACUGAUACAGAAGGGAUCUGGGCAGUCUUCUAAGUCCUGUGUCUCAACCAUCCACCUGUGCCUCUGCAGGGAGAGGGCACUGUGCAGAAUUUUGGCCAAUGUUCAGAGCAUGGAGGUCAAAAAUCAUUCCCAAAUAAGUUCUGUUUUUCAGUGUUUGAGCCUGACUCCAGCUGCUAGGCCUGGCCAGCUGCUCCAGGGGUCUGGUGGGGCCUCCAGUGUAGCUGGAGACCCCUGAGUCCCCAUUGCUGGGGGUGGGGGCAGGAAGAGAGGGCCCAGGGAGGCAGGGAGAGAGAAGGGCAGCGUGCCCAGAGGUUUCUCUGCCGGGCCAAUGUCUGAAAGACAAGGUCAGCCCCGUGGCAAAUGUGAGCUGGCUGGGAAGGCUGAGAACGGCUUCCAGUCCAGUGGGAGGUCCCUUUCCUCCUUCCAGCCCUCCUGAGCCCCAGAGCCCAUGGCCCCCCUGGGUGGUUUUGGCACAGCUGCUCACCUAGUUUCCCUUUUGGCACCAUCUCUCGGGUUAAGCCUUGGAACGUGGGGAAAUGGCGCUGCCUUGCUGUGGGUGAGGGCACUGGAGUGCGAGCUAGUGUAUACGCAUGUCUCCAAGUAUCGGAGGCAGAUCUCUGUACAGCCGCGUAGGCCUCUGCGUGUACAGGUGCUCCAGCAGGCUGCUGCUUCCUGAGCUGGUGUGCCCCCCCCCGCCCCCCUCCCCCAGAUGUAGGUUGUCCCAGAGCAGCCCCGUGUUUGAGUUCAUGUGCAGCUAUACAGCCUUCAGGCUCCCAGGGCACAGUCCUGCACGCAUGGCACACUCAUUGCCACGGUCAGAAACCUGAAGACGCCGCACUUGAGCUGGCAUGUGAAGCACGGUCACCUGCAGCUUUGGUCCUUAGUGGCAACUUUGAAAGGACACAAAGACGCCUUCGUUGAGGAGUACUCCUCUUUGAAAACUUCACCUAAACUGACACCUCCCUUCUUGCCUUGGUGCCUCCAUGAGCCUCAGUGCUGUGUCUGAGGCUCCAAGAGGAUGAGGGAAAUGGGGGUCCUGGGGGUGCUGAGGGCAGGGCUCCCGAGCACUUCUCCGCAAGAUCUCCACGUAAACUGAAGAAUCUUCUCAAAUUCUUCUGACCGAUUUUUGUAUAUACUAAACUUCUAUUUAAAGCUUUUAUAUGUUCUGGGCAAGUUUACUGCUCCUUCGAUUUGAGCACUUUGGUUUUUGUAUUGUCUUUUGUGAUGGCAUUGAAACAUUUUUACUAGUGGUCUUAGGAGGCCUUGUUUUAUUUUGUUGGUAAUUGAUACCAACAAAAACCCUUACCACUUUUUUUGUUGGUCUUCUGAAAAACCCAAGCUCCUCUUGAAACCAAAAGAACAGACCGUGAGCUGGCUUCAGGGAAGGACAUUCACACACGAGACCACAACCAGAUGUGCUGGUAAAGUGUUGGAAUGUUCCACCCUUCUAAAUUCCUAAACAGUAAAUAUCAUCCUGUGACUUUUAUUUAAAUUAUUUAAAAUAUUUUUUUCCUUGAAGUUUGGGAAGUGAUGCCAGGAUCAUAAAUGCAUUUAAACUAUGUGGUGUUCUCUGGCACAGCACAUCUACUCUAAAAGUGUGGUUUAGUUUUGUUGCUGUUUUAUAUAUACAUAUAUAUAUAUAGUAUUUUUAUACCUUAACGCUUAUUCUUGAUGGCAUCUGUCAGAUAUUACGCGAAAUCAGAAAUGGGAAUCUUUUUUCAAAAGUCCUUUAAUUUACCUGAUGACUUCACCAGGUACUUAAAAAAUCCAAGUGGUUUUAAUACCUAGAAAACUAAGUUCCAAAAUGACCUACAGAAAUGUAAACCCUCAUUUGUCAAAGGCUCUUGGGUGGAUCUGCAGCCCAGAGUGGCCUGGCCAUGCCUUGGGCCAGGUGCAUGUGGUCACUGGGUGCAGCUGGAGGGACGGACCAAUGGACAACAGCCCGAAGGUUUGCCCCUUGGAGCAGGACUGUCAAGCUCACGUGCACAAGCCUCCUUCAGCCUCUGCGUCCAGCCCUCUGUCCUCUGUGUCCGUGUGAGGUUCAAAAAUAAAGCUUCCAAUGUCA